CACAUUUGACGCGGAGAGAACGAACGUAAAAAUUUUCAUCAUGGGGGGAGGCGAUUUGAAUUUGAAGAAGAGUUGGCAUCCACAAACGUUGCGAAAUGUGGAGAAAGUGUGGAAAGCAGAGCAGAAGGCCGAAGCAGAGGCGAAAAAGAUCGAUCAGCUACGGAAAGAGCUGGAGGAGGAGAGAGCUCGAGAAGGGAUGCAGAGACAUGCAGUGGAGCAAGGAAUAGCCAAAAAAAAAGGAGAGCGUCUUGACUGGAUGUAUGCUGCAGCUGCAGGCCAGGUUGAUCAUGAAUUGUAUCUGCUGGGAAAAUCUGUUGACAAGGCUGUAGACCCCAUGGCACAGGAUGAUGAAGAGGAAUCAUCUGCCCCAGGUGCUUCCUUCAUGAAUGACACUGCAGCUAACACGGCAAAUGACUUGGCAGCUAAGGUGCGUGAUGAUCCACUGUUUUUGAUCAAGAAGAAAGAGGAGGAGAAAAGGAAAGAACUGCUCAAUAAUCCUGUGAAGAUGAAGCAGUUAAAACAAAUGCUUCAAGCCAAUUUGGAGAAGUCAAAGAAGAAGAAGAAGAAAGAUAAGAAAAAGAAAAUUAAGAGAGAAAGAGAGGAAAAGAGAAGGAAGAAGCAUGCCGACACAAGUGGUGAGUCACAAGAAGAUGAAAGGGAAGUGACACGAGAAAAUGGGAAAAAAAGAAAUGCUGGAGACAGAAGAAGAAGUAGUGAUACAGAUGAAAAUUCAAGGGAAAUGUUAAAUGGAAAGAAGAAAAGGAGAAAUGAGAGACACAGAGAUAACAAUGGUGACUCAGAGGAAGAUGAAAGAGAAAGGAAAAGAGAAAGCAAGAAAAGGAGAUCAUUGGAAAAUGGAAAGGAUGAAAUAAAUGGUUUUCACGGGGAUCAGCAACAUUCACAAAGAAGAAGAAGAAGAAGAAUUGACGAUGAGGAUGCGAGAAGGACUUACAGAAAUGGAGACCAUUACUCUAACAGGCACAGAUCUCCCUUGAAAAGAAAGCCUCAAAUGUGGUCGCGAUCAAAAUCACCACAAAGCAGGAGAAGAGAUGGGAGGAGAGAUGACAGAAGGCAAAGACGAAGUUCGUCAGCUUCACCAUUAAGGAGGAGAAGGAAUAGAUCCCGAUCACCAGUGGGGAGGGGAAGUCACUCAGCUUCACCCUCUCCCCCUAAACAAUCACGGAGAUCUCCUUCACCGCUCAGAGCAAAACCAGUGGAGAGGAGAAAUCACUCACCUUCACCCUCCCCUCCUCAAAAAUUACGGAGAUCUCUUUCACCCCCCGGAGCAAAACCAGCAGGGAGGAGAAAUCAUUCACCUUCACCCUCCCCUCCUAAAAAAUCAAGGAGAUCUUCUUCACCCCCCGGAGCAAAACCACAGCAGAAAAGGGGAUCAGCAGUCACUAGACACAUGGACGAUGAUGAGAAGCAGAAACGGCUUGCCGCGAUGAUGGAUAAUGCUAAAUGGCGGGAUGAGCAAAGAGGAAAAAAUAUUAAGCGAUACAAAGAAGAAGACGCGAAACUGGAGGCAAAGGAAGCUUCGGAUAAAGAUAAGAGUGCCAGCUUUUUAAAAGAGAUGAAAAUUCAGUCGUUCUCUUCCAAGGAAACCUCCAGUGUUAGCGACCGCAUUCGACGAAACAUCAAUUCUGUUCAGAGGACAUCAGCCGCAUUGGAGUCUUUCCUCAGCAAGUAACUUUCCGAAUCUGAUUCCGAAAUUAAGCCGAAUGUUUCACCUAAAUUUACGACAAAGGUACUUUGGCUUCCGAAGAAGCUAAGGAAAGACUCCAAUGCCGCCGAUGAAGAAUAUUUCGCGGCUUCCAAAAGAUGUAAACUGGUGCUUCGGCGAAUGGAAUUGAGACAGCAGUUUGGAAAUCGGAGGAUUAAAUCUAAACCAUGUUCACCGCCACCAUGAAAACAUGGUGGACGUCCGCUGGAUAGACUAUACAAAGAAUCAUUGCUUUUUAGAAAGAGCGUUGACAACGAGCAUUGGAAAUGAAUUCUGAAGGUGAAUUACUCUCGAAUCAUCAACGUUUUAUCAUCAACGUAGUGUCAAGCUAUGAACAGGAAACUCUUGUACUCAUGUUUGGUUUCAAGGAGACCCAAAGAAAGCUCAGGGGAGUUAUCGGCAAUAUCCGUUUAUCAUCGUCAACUCUCGUCAGCCUUCGUAGGCUGUCGUUACUUCUUGUGCUUACAUUCAAUUCUUCCAACUAUUGUCAACUACUUCCCUCAGCCCUUGUCAACCCUCGUCAAAUCUCGUUCGGAAAAAGACGAACGACGCCAAAGAGAGGCGCUGAAGAUACUUGCACGGAAGGAAGAAAACCAUACCCUUGAAAUAAAACUAAAAAUAAUUAUUAUUGUAGAUAGGUGAAAGAGUUGUCAACAGACAGAUGUAAACAGUGACAAACUCUCAUUGUAGAUAUCUUAAAUUUAUUUUAUAAAUGUAUGCAAUAUAACAUUGUGUUUAUUGUAACAUGACCAACUGUCACGGUUUUCAAAUUUAUUCUUACUUUGAUGUUGCUUGAACGUAUACUCUUUAUUGCCAAUGUAAUUUAUUAUUUUCGUCUGAGUAAGUUUAAAAUGUAAUUUUACGUCGCUUUUAUUUCAUUACGUUCUCUAAGGAAUAAAUUUUUGCUCUCUUUGCGACAGUAAGUAAUAUCUAGUUUACUGUCCUUAAAAUUAAUUUUUCGCGAGGUUGAAUUUUUGUGUGAUGUGGACAUAAAUAUUUGAUAUAUUUUUUACUGCGUUGAAUGAAGUGAGCCUUUAUUCAAAGGUCAAGGUCAUGCUCUUAGUGUUUUCUGAUGUAUCGAUGAUACCUAAUUAGAGUAUGUCAAAGUAUUAAAUAUUUCUGUUUGUUUGGGAAGA